AUCAAACAUGCUGAGGAAUCACAUGAGAUGACGUAGAGGGUCACGUGACUUCAGGACUAGAGGAUCUCUUUGUUUAUGUGUACGCUUCGUUUUUCUCUGUCUUUUUAAUUACUAAUUCAUCGUGAUUUGUGGCUUAGCUCAUCUUUGAACUUAGCAAUAGUGACAGUGAAGUGUCAUUGCUUCUUUUCGUGUUGCCAUUUCGGCAAACGGAGCUGGAUGUUCUGAGCACGUGGACUUUGUUUACAUUCAACUUGUGUUGUGCUCGUCAUGGCUGACGAACCUUUGAACUCGAAGCCACGAAAGGGUCAAGGCAUCAUAGCCAUUCAACCCGCCUUGGGCAUCAUAGCCCCUGAACAUGAACUUGAAGAAGAUAUCAUGUCUGAUCAUUCUGAAAUUUCAGAAGAAUUUAGACCGCCACCGUUGCGGAGAUACAAUUUGGCAGUGCGGACUCAGACUGUUUCGUCGCAAUCGGAAACUAACAUGGCGGAGUCACCUCCAUCUUCAUCAAGGCAGUAUGCAAAUCACAUUGACCCAGAUCAUGACGUCACUGCCGCUAGGCGGCGUAAUUAUGCUAAUGUACCUGGCGAGAUUAGAACGGGAAAUCACGAGACCGGCAUUACGUCUUCCGCUUCCGGAAAUAACAUAGACAUGUUUUCCGGCAUUCUCGCCCAACAAGGGGAGAUGUUGGCUGCUUUGAAGGCCAGGAUGGACUCAUUAGUUGAUUGUCAAACGACUAACAACACCGUAACUAACGAUGACACUUUUUCGAACGCAUUAGAUCGUUUAAUGGGGCCUGCUGGUCCCUCGAUGACGCCUGGCGAGGACUCAGAAUGUAGCGAGGAUGAGUCGCCUGUCGACAUAACACAGGAUUUCGACAAUCAAAGUGUUUUAAACUCGCUAACAGAGUUUGUGGAGAAUAAGGACAAAACAGGUCCAGCCAUCAAUGAUACACUGGCAAAUGUUGCAAACACUGGACUUCGUUCGAGAGUGUCUGAGGAAAAAAUUAAAGAUCUGACCUCUAAGUAUAACAAGCCGUCGAAUGUGCGUAACCUCACAGUGCCCACUAUUAAUACGGGUUUGUGGAAUUCGGUGCGUAAAUCGACGAGAGAUUUGGAUGCCAAACUCCAACGAAAUCAAAACCUUCAGGCCAAAGCCUUUUGUCCAUUGCUUCACUUGAUGGACAUGUUGCUGACAGCGCACAACACUAAACGUGGACUUACCGCAUCAGAACUUGUGGGAGCUGUGAACCUGGCUAACGACACUUUUAAAUUGUGCCAGAUCGCGUUUAUGGAUCUUACUUUCCGCAGGAGAUAUAUCAUUAGACCGGAUCUUAAACCACAAUACAAAGAAUUGUGCAAAGACUCCAAUGCUGUCACUGACUACCUGUUUGGGGAUGAUCUCAAUACACAGUUAAAAGAAAUCGACACUGCCAGACGCAUGGGUAAACAAGCGGCCAAAAAACCUUUCUUCAGACGAGAAAUAGCUCAGGAUAAAAUACACCCCUACCAAAACAAACACGGAUAUCAGUCUCAACAUGGCGGACAUUCGUAUCAACAUGGGGGCCAUCCGUAUCAACGACCUCCGGGUUCGUCAUGGCAACAGGGUAAUUCAUCUUCCAACAACUGGAACAAACAGUUUCGACCAAAACAAAACCACACCCAGGCCCCUUUUUUGGACAAAGGCCAUCAACAAAGGAAAAAGAAGUUUUAGGGACUGAGUUUGUUGGGGAAAGUCAUCCAGAAAAUCCAGUUAGACGAAGCUUCAGUGAUACUUGUGGCACCCAUUUGGACAACUCAACCAUGGUUCUCUC